AUGACAACGCGAUACAGAGUAGAAUAUGCCCUAAAGACCCAUCGUCGGGAUCAACUUAUUGAAUGGAUCAAAGGUCUGUUGGCCGUCCCUUUUGUCCUGCAUUCCCAGCCCACCGCCAUCUACACGGAAAAUGGGGAGGUGCUGAAGACAGUCGCGGCGGACACCCACCAUCGCUAUGCAGAGAUUAUGCGUGAUGUAGAGAAUUUGAUGCACGAUCACAUCCAACACUACGAACGCAAUGCCCCUGGCAAAUCCAAAUUGAAUCUCCUCGUACCCACCAUCGGUACCUUUUUCACCAAGCUAUAUCUAGAAGAUGCAUUCAAGUAUCAAGACCAGCAGCGAUUUAUCAGCCGACGACGCUUCGUGGCCCCUUCAUUCAACGAUAUCCGACUUAUCCUAAACUCCGCCCAGGUAUUGGGUCUUGUUCGGUCCAGCGAUGUGAAACUAGUCACAUUCGAUGGAGAUGUAACACUCUAUGACGACGGUGCCUGUCUCACAUCCGACAAUCCCGUCAUUCCCCGGAUUCUGCGCAUCCUCGAACAGGACCGCAAGGUCGGCAUUGUGACGGCGGCCGGGUACACCGAGGCGUCAAAGUAUUAUGAGCGACUACAUGGUCUGCUCGAUGCGAUUCACAACUCAACUACUCUCACGGAGGAUCAGAAACAAGGACUGAUUGUCAUGGGCGGCGAAAGCAAUUAUCUGUUCCGCUUCGACCCGACCUCCGACUCCCGGCUCGUCUACGUGCGGCGGAGCGAAUGGUUGCUGGAUGAAAUGCAAUCCUGGAGUGAUAAUGAUAUUGCCGAGCUUCUUGAUAUUGCCGAGUCUGCUCUGCGUGCAUGUGUCGAAAAUAUGAAACUACCUGCUGCUAUUCUGCGCAAGGAUCGCGCGGUUGGUGUCUACCCCGUAAACGGGGUCCGAAUCAGCCGUGAACAGUUGGAAGAGACUGUGUUGGUGGUGCAGCACACGGUCCAACAUUCGGCUGUUGGGGGGCGAUUGCCAUUCUGUGCUUUCAACGGUGGAAAUGAUGUCUUUGUCGAUAUUGGUGACAAAUCAUGGGGUGUGCGCGCCUGUCAGCGCUACUUUGGUGGCAUUGAUCCGGCCAAAACACUACAUGUUGGCGAUCAGUUCUUGUCGGCUGGGGCUAAUGACUUUAAGGCCCGUCUUGCAUCUACAACUGCUUGGAUUGCAAGCCCCACUGAGACUGUGGAACUACUCGACGAGCUGGAGAAGGCGGUGCAUCCGUAG